AUGCAGUUUCGACUCUUCUCAUUUGCCCUGGUCGUAUUGAACUGUAUGGAGUACAGCAGCUGUCAGGCGCCGUCGCACCGCUGGAGGAGAAACAAAAGAGCUAGCUAUGGAGCGUACCCCAUCUGUAAAGGCUGCUCGGUGUGCUCCAGGGACAACGGCUGUGUGAACUGCCAGCCCAAACUCUUCCUGUUUUUGCGGAGAGAGAGGAUGAGGCAGUAUGGGGAGUGUCUUCACGACUGUCCAGCCGGAUACUACGGCAUGCGCAGCCCUGAACUCAACAUGUGCUCCAGGUGCAGGAUAGAGAACUGUGAGUCCUGCUUCAGCAAAGACUUCUGCACCAAGUGCAAGUCUGGCUUUUACCUACACAAAGGGCGCUGCUUUGAUAAGUGCCCCGAGGGCUUCGCCCCGCUGGAGGAAACCAUGGAGUGCGGAGAGGGCUGUGAGGUGGGCCAGUGGAGCGAAUGGGGAGCCUGCACCAGGAGAAACAAAACCUGUGGCUAUAAGUGGGGUCUGGAGACCCGGACGCGGCAUAUUGUAAAGAAACCACCCAAGGACACAAUACCCUGUCCCACCAUCGCUGAGUCCAGGAUGUGCAAAAUGGCCAUGAGGCACUGCAGGAGAGAUGGCUCAGGGAAGCAGCGACCCAAAGAACCAAAGAAGAAGAACAAGCAGAGGCUGCGGUUUCGGGCCCAGAACCAGCACAGCGACCACUUGGCCUCCGCGCGCUCCAGCCAGUGAGGACUUAAAAACUCGAAACUAGACUUCCCAUUGAACAAAGAAACCAACGCCAACGCUGCUAGCCGCUGCUGCACCCAUAUUCUGACCCCCUCCCCCACCCCCGUGCUCUCACCGGGAUACACAACCAUAACUCACAAGUCCGUCACUACAAAUAUAUAUGUCUAACGUACGGUAUCAGUAUCAACACACUAAACACAUGCUUCAUGCCUCCCGCUGCUUCCCUCCCCCCACCCCCCCCAGCUGCAGUAACCAGCCAGGUGACUCUCAGCCCCACCCCUUGCCUUGCCUUGCCUUGUGGACCUUUACAGUUGACAUUACCAAACUCAUUUCCUGUCAUUAACAAUGCCAUUAACCGUGCAGAGAGUGAUGGAAGACGCAGGGGCGACCAGAGACUGUGGAGGCGGGAGAGGCGGAUAGGAGAGGUAGCGAGGGAGUUGGCAAGCUAAACUGCUCGUAGAAGGGGGUGGUGGUGGUGGGGGGUGGGAUCAGACCAGGGAGGAUGUUAAAAAAAGAGAGCAGAUGAAGCGACAAUAGAGAUUCGACUGAAGCGAAUGAUGCUGAUGGACAAGAAAAGGGCAUCUGGAACUGAAAGAGACAGUUUUUUUUUUUUUGUUCCUAUAUUUAUGUUAAAACUACCCUCACCUUCCCCCUCUAAAUGGAGACGGAGCGUUCCCAUGUGUGGCCUUUAUGUUAUGUACAUUUUUGAGAGUAAUAUUAAAGAAAUUACCAUGCGUAGUUGCAAAGUAUUUUAUUCUCAGCACAAACUGUUUACGUUCAAACCGCUUUUAUGCUCUAACUGUAUAGUGUGGAUAUAAAAAAAGAAGAAAUUUAGUUGUUUGACAAGCAUGGCAACAGACUCAUGUGUACAUAGUUUAUCGAAUUAUGAAAGCUUAUUACUGUAUUUUCAGUAUUGACUUGUUCACCAUUCUAAAUGUUUUAGAGAUUAAACGGUUGUAAUACCAAGCUACAGAUUAAAAUGAUUAAAAACAAAUAAUAAACAUAGCCGCCACAUAGCUGUUUCAUUUAUAUGGUAUAUAUUUGAUUUAUUUAUUAAUUCUAUUUUGUACUUUUUUUGUUCAGUGAGAACGUUUGCCUCAUACUGUUAACUCUUAUAUGCUGAAAUAUUCUUUGAGGUCCUUAUAACAGUGCAUAUCUUUAACACGUGGAAAAGGUUUUUGUUCUGAUGUCAUGCAAAGUCUUGUAUUACAUUCAUUUGACCUCAUCUACUGAUUUCAAUGUUUUCAAGAAGAAGCAAAAAAGACAAAACUAUGCUUUGACAUAUUCUAGGUUUAAUGAUUAGGAUCCAGCAAAUGUAUGGUCAUAGGACUGCAUAUGUGUACAUUGUGUUUUAUUAAAAUACAUUUCAUGUGACUGUA